AUGGACAGGGUAGCUGCCGCAGCAUGCGUGUACUUCCGACGUUUCUACUUGAAGGAAAACUUCUGCGAUUAUGACCCACGGCUUGUGGGCCCCGCCUGUCUUUUCCUGGCAUGCAAAGCCGAGGAAUCACAGGUCCAAGCCAAGGUUCUGUUCCAGAUGCUAAGGAAAGUCAUCAGCACAGGCAAGUACCAUGCACUUCCCUUUCCAGACUCUGCACAGCUCCUGGACCUGGAAAUGGCUGUCCUGGAGUCUUUGGAGUUCAAUUUGAUUGUGUACAGCCCAUACAGAGAUCUCGUCACUUUCCUGAAAGAUGCUGAGGUGGCGGAUGUGGCUGAAUGCGCAUGGGCGGUCCUGAAUGACUCGUAUCGCACCCAGCUGUGCUUGCUGCAUGCACCCUACGUGAUGGCAAUUGCUUGCAUGCAUGUUGCCAGCGUGCUCCUAGGGCGCAGCAUCCAGAAUUGGCUGGAGACUCUCACCUGUGAUCUGGAUGAGGUGCGUCGAUACUUUGAGCACAUCCCUCAUUUUUUUUAA